GGGCCUGGGGUUAGCCAGAGACAGGAGUGGGGUGUGGGGACCCCCCCAAACUGUGGGGCCCGUAGACCACGGGGUGGGGGAGGGGAGGACAUGCCUGCGUGUGGCCCCUCACGUCCCCGCCAGGGGAGUCUGAGGGAUCCCAGAAACUGAAAGGAGAAGCAGAGGCUCCUCUGCACCCUCCCUGCCCCCUCCUGCCCUGCCCCCCGAAGUGACUUCCUCUUUCUGGCCCAUUUAAGGCCCGCCAGCCGGGGAGCGCCCCGCAGCCCAGCCAUGGGGGACACCUUCAUCCGCCACAUCGCCCUCCUGGGCUUCGAGAAGCGCUUCGUCCCCAGCCAGCACUACGUGUACAUGUUCCUGGUGAAAUGGCAGGACCUGUCCGAGAAGGUGGUCUACCGGGGGUUCCCGGAAAUCUACGAGUUCCACUUAAAGGAAAUGUUUCCUAUUGAGGCCGGGGACAUCAACGCAGAGAACAGGAUCAUCCCCCACCUGCCAGCCCCGCGGUGGUUCGACGGGCAGCGGGUCGCUGAGAGUCGCCAGGGCACCCUCACCGAGUACUUUGGUGCGCUCAUGAGCCUGCCUGUCAAGAUUUCCCGCUGUCCCCACCUCCUCGACUUCUUCAAGGUUCGCCCCGACGACCUCAAGCUCCCCACGGACAACCAGGUGAAAAAGCCAGAGACUUACCUGGUGCCCAAAGACAGCAAGAACAACAGCGUCACGGACAUCACGGGCCCCAUCAUCCUGCAGACGUACCGUGCCAUCGCUGACUUCGAGAAGAGCUCGGGCUCCCAGAUGGCUCUGGCCACGGGCGACGUGGUGGACGUCGUGGAGAAGAGCGAGAGUGGCUGGUGGUUCUGCCAAACGAAGACAAAGCGAGGUUGGGUCCCCGCAUCCUACUUGGAGCCCCUGGACAGUCCUGAUGAGGCAGAGGACCCCGAGCCCAACUAUGAAGGUGAGCCCUACGUCACCAUCAAAGCCUACACUGCCCAGAUGGAGGACGAAGUGUCCCUGCAGGAGGGCGAAACCAUCGAUGUCAUUCACAAGCUGCUGGAUGGCUGGUGGGUCGUCAGGAAAGGCGACGUCACAGGCUACUUUCCAUCCAUGUACCUACAGAAGUCUGGGCAGGAUGCAGCCCAGGCCCAACGCCAGAUCAAGAGCCGAGGGGCGCCGCCCCGGAGGUCGUCCAUCCGCAACGCACACAGCAUCCACCAGCGGUCGCGGAAGCGCCUCAGCCAGGACACCUAUCGGCGCAACAGUGUCCGUUUUUUGCAGCAGCGCCGCCGCCAGGCGCGGCCCGAGCCGCAGCGCUCAGCAAGGGAACAGGCGCAGACUGGAGGCGCAAAACCACAGCCCGCGGUGCCCCCGCGGCCCAGCGCAGACCUCAUCCUGCACCGCUGCAGCGAGAGCACCAAGCGGAAGCUGGCGUCCGCAGUCUGAGGCCGCGGCGCCUCGCCUAGAUGGCGCCCUGGCCCCUCCGCCCCGUCCCGCCCCUUUCCAGUAUACACUUGUACAGAUCCGGAGGUCCGGAUGCUUCCGGCAGCCCCGGGCCCCGCCCCACCUGUUAACCGCUGUCAAUAAAUGUUGCCUGGAGUGGA